ACCGAUGCUUUCGUCAAACGAGAUGUCUCAUCACCUUCACCAGAUCCUAUAGAGGCCUUCAAAAGGAACAUGGAUUCGUUAAAGAACUGUAUUGACACAAGUUUUGCCCAAGCCCUUAGAGAUGUCAACGUGGAGAAGAAAUUGCAGCCUGUUUUUAAUGUUUUUGGAGAUCAGCUUAACAGAUUGUUUUAA